UACCACAAGCUUGCUUCUUCGAGCCUCCCCUACCCCACCCCCUCUGCUCCGUGCUUGAUCCUCAGGAUUGAUGGCUGCCCCUGCUUGCUCGCUGGAGCAGUCAGUCAGGCCUGAACGUCAGUGGAAUUGCUUCUGUAGCUGCUGGCGGCUGCUAGGCUGACUCACCUUCUGUUCUCCCUGCCCCCCAAUGGGCCUAGUGUAGACCUCCAAGCGUUAUGUUCAAACGUCGAGUCCUACAAGCGCUAGUACGACUGCCCGCCGUCGGAAACAGGGUAUCGUGCGCCGCCAGCACUAGGGCUUCAAAGGUCAGCUUUUAGAACUCGCAGGCGCGAAUCUCUGACGCAUUACCAGUCGCCGUGGAUGCUUAAGCCCUCCACCUGCGAUCGCCAUGCUUCAUAGACCGCAAAGCAGUAGCAGUAAACGAAGCGCCGCCGAGAAACCUUGUGGGCGGAAGCAAACGGCUAGCAGUCCGUACUAACGGCGCAUGAAAACAGAUCGGCGACCUCGAACAGGUGCCCCAUCAACAGUGGUCAUGCUUCUGCGCAAUUCCACGCUCCCGCUUUAGCUCGCGCUUUCUGAGCCAGACUCAGAACGAGCACCUUCACGAGCCAUUACUGGUGGCACUGAGCGCUGCAUUUCCAGAAUUCUCCGAUUCGGCCGUUGGAUAGCCCGUAGUACCCCGCCGCCUGCCGCUACAUCAUGGCGCAUCGACGCUGCGCCGCCCUCCUGCCGCCGAGCAGCUCGAAGCGGAGAAAAGCUCUACUUGUCGACCUGCGCGGCCGCGCGCCCUCCACGCACCUGCUGCUGCUGCUGCUGCUCGGCGCGUCUCUUCUGCUCUCGCCGCUGGCCCCGCCUCUGCGCGCGGAUGCCGCCGUGACUGACGUGUUCAAGCCGUUCUGCGAUAGCAGCAGCUAUGUGGACCCUCCUCCCAGCGGGUGGAAGAAGUGGAGCGACCCGGCGACGUGGCCGGCGGGGAAGGUGCCGGGCGUGGGCAUGGCGAUGGGCGUGAACGCCACGGUGCCGUGUGGCGUGGGCGUGCUGCUGGACACCAACGUCACGUUGUACCUGCUCGAGAUCAACGGCUGGCUCAAGGUGGAGGCGGCGGGGCCGCUGCAGGUGCUGGCGGCGUUCGUGUUGAAUCAGGGCCGAGUCACCGUCGGCACGGCGGACGCGCCGUACCGCGGCAAGCUCACCGUCAACCUAACCGGCGCCGCCAACGAGCUCACCAUCACGCGGCCGCCCGCCGCGCCAUACCAACCGCGCUCCGUGGGCGUGCGCGUCUUCGCCACCGUGGGCGGGCGCCUCGAGCUCAACGGCAUGUACGGCAACGCGCCCGCCUGGACCACGCUCGCCGCCACGGCCGCAGCUGGAGCGACGAGCAUCCGCGUGAAAGGGGACAUGACGGCGUGGCCGGUGGGCGGGGUGAUUGCGAUCGCGUCGACGGAUUUCGACCGGAACCAGGCGGAGAAUUUCACGAUCACGUCCGUCGCUGCUGGCCCCGGCAACACGACGGUGCUGGGGCUGGGCGGCGCGCUGACGUGGAUGCACUGGGGGGAGGCGGUGGCGGCGGGCGCGGCGGGGCUGGCGGUGGACGAGGCGGCGGAGGUGGCGCUGCUGUCGCGCGCGAUCGUGAUUCAGGGCCACCAGAACCCCGACGACCCGCUCAUCGGCGGCCACUUGAUCGUCAUGCAGACCGCCGAGCGCCAGCUGAUCAAAGGGGUCGAGCUCGUCAACAUGGGCCAGCAGGGGAACCUGGGCCGCUACCCCAUGCACUUCCACCUGUGCCAGGACGUGACUGGGUCGGUCGUCAGCAGCUGCAGCGUGCACGACAGCAAUCAACGGUGCUACGUGGUGCACGGCACGUGGAAUCUACGGCUGGAGUGGAACCUGGGGAUCAACACCAAGGGCCACUGCUUCCUGCUCGAAGACGCCAUUGAGUUUGGCAACACCUUCAUCAACAACCUCGGCUUCCUGCAGGAGCCGGUGAAGCGGCUGCUGCAACCGACGGACGCCAUUCCGGCCACGCAGAGCGACGACGCGCCGUCCACCUUCUGGAUCACCAACCCCAACAACACGUUCAUCGGGAACAUCGCCGCGGGGUCGUUUGACUCGGGGUUCUGGUUCCAGCUGCCUGGGCGAGUGGAGGGCCCAUCAGCGCUCUUCCCCAACGCCGCGGGCGUGACGCCGUUCCUGAUCCCCCUGGGGCCGUUCGUGGGCAACGCGGCGCAUUCCAACGGCCGCGCAGGGCUGCGCACAUACCCCUCCGGGUACCGACCAAGGCUCAAUGGGGGUGUGUCCAACGUGCAGGAAAAGUCCGGCAUCAAUGCGCCUCAGGUCAACAUCACCAUGACAAGCUUCCGCGCGUACAAGAACCAGUUUAUAGGCAUGUUCAUCCACAACUCUGACGGUUUGCACAUCAGGGGCGCGCAGGUGGCAGACAAUGCAGUCGUGGGCAUCGAGCUCAACCGCGACCAGGCCGUCGUGAUCUCGAACUCUGUGUUUAUAGGCGAAUCGGCCAACAUAGGCAACCCCACCAUGUGUGACAACCCCAGCAACAACUUUGGCGGCUGCAAGGCGCUUGCCUCCGCUGGGGUCUGCGACCUGCCCCUGCCGCUAGCCAAGGCGCGCUCCAACAGUCGCACAGUGAGCCGCUACGCGCCCAAGUACGGCAUCCUGAUCGACCAGGCGGACCCUCCCGCGCACGGGUGGACCAUGGGCGUGCCACACCGCAUUGUCAACUGCUCCUUCUCCGGCUUCUCCAACCGCUGCCACCCCGCUGCUGCCAUCUCACCCAACGGCCAUGCAGCGUACGUGUGGCCGGCCACCUACACCAGCGCCGCGCUCACUUUCCCCGACGCGUCCCCCGCGCUCUACCUGGUGCCGCGCAGCCGGGGGCAGCUGGGCUUUGACGGCGGGUACGGGGACGCGGGGCCGCUGGCGGGCACGUACGUGUGGCGGGACGAGGACGGGUCCAUGGUGGGGGGGAGCGGUGGUUUCGCUGUGGCUAAUAACACCGCGCUGCUGCCCGCUGGAGAUUUGUGCACUGCGAAGCCGGAGUGGAACGGGUAUGCCUGCCCGGGCACGUGCUACCGCACUGUGUCCAUCGACGGGGGCAGCGCGGGCUUCACUCUCGUCCCAGCCGGAACGACCAACAGCAGCAGCAGUGGCAGCAGUGGCGCCGGUAGCGUAUCGAGCAACGGAGCGCAGUUUGUGAACGUGCUGGCAGGGAGGGGCUAUGUGGUGAAGCCUGGGGGCAGCAGCGCUGCCCCGGCGGAUUACACAGUGUCGUAUGCGGAUGGGGGGUUUGGGUGUAACUCCCCGGUGGUGCUGCAAUUCCCGCUGCCGCGGGCGGGGUACACGUGGCAGCUCACUCCGUCCGAUGACAUCUUCUGGCAAGCAUGCAGCGGAGUGACCCUGCCCUACACCAGGAUCGCCCAGGCGCAGUGGCUGUGUCUGGACGCCGCCCCCGUGCUGCAGAUCUCCCUGGGAGCCAACUCCUCUGCCACAGUCGUCCUCACGCAGGUCCCUGGCAACUUCUCCUGCCUGCACAUCCAAUGCGGCAUCAUUCCACCCUCCAGCAACUGGAGCUACAGCGACGCCAUGAAGUACCCCCCUGAGUUCCUCGCGUACGCGCCACCCGCCAAGUGGAAGGUGGCCAGAGCACCAUUUGGGUACGGCGGGCAGGGCGAGGUCACCACCAUCGCACACGCAGGGCCGGGUGCCCUGGCGUGGUAUUUCCGGGCGUCAUUCACGCUCAAGUACGCGGGGUGCUACCGCUCGCUGCUGUUUGGGUACAAGGCCAGCGACGGCAUCGUGGUGUAUGUCAACGGCGGGGAGGCCUUCCGCUCCAACAUGCCCGCCACCAAGCCUGUCACUGUCGCCACGCCGGCCGUCAUGGAUGCGAGUCCGCGCGCCCCCUGGUCCACGGCCAUAGUAUCAGUGAGCGAGGUGCGGGUGAUGUCGGGGCGCAACUCCAUCAUGGUGGAGCUGCAUGCCACACAGGCGUACGCCUGGGAAGUGCACUUCAACAUGUGGGUGGCUGCCGUGGGCUCCAGCUGCCCCCUCACCCGAUUCUUUGACCAACGCUCAUCGCUCGCGUUCAGCUCCGUUCUUGGGGGGGCUGCUGCUGCUGCCGGCAAGUGAGAGGAGAGGAGAGGAGAGGAGGGGAGAGGAGGAGAGAGGAGGGGAGAGGAGGGGAGAGGAAGGGAGUGGAGACGAGGGGAGGAAAGAGAGCAGGCUUCGCAAUUUUGCUCGAUUGUUCAACUGUCUAGAGCGCUUCUGGGAGUCUUGUGGAGCCAAUACCCCCUUGGCUUAGGGCACUCCAGGAAAUGAUUCUACAGUGUUUCUGGCAGCAUUGCCCUAGAGGUUGGCUUCGCUGGAGUGUGUACGGAACUUAGUUCUAGUCUUAGAUCUACUCUUAGGAGGCUUGCUGCGGAUCGAAUCGAUCGUUUUCCCAUUGGGUACAUGAUUGAUGGAAUAAAUGAGGGUGCUUUCAGGCGAAUCAUCUCAGAGGAGACUAGAACAGCGAAGGA